UUCCAGCGUCGUUUCUUCUUUCUCUACAGCUUCCCUUUAUUCGGAGCAAUGGAGCAUGAUAGAGGUUGUGAAGCAGCAAACUUCCACUAUAGCUAUAAAACUCAGUAGAACCUCCCCAUUCUCUUUCAUUGACAAAACCCACAAUAAUCCUUGUUCUUUUCUGUUCUGUUCUGUUCUGCUGUUCUGCAGAUUUCAAACAAGCUAGAAACCGUGUAUAGAUCAGAUGGCGGCAACUAAAAUGAAGUUAAAGCUUCUGGUAGACAAGAAAAGAAACAAAGUCCUGUUCGCGGAAGCAGGAAAGGAGUUGGUGGAUUUCCUAUUCAGCCUCCUGACCUUGCCUGUGGGUACCAUAGUGAGACUCCUAACCCCAACUCAAACCACGACUGGGUGCAUCGGCAAUCUCUAUUCCAGCGUAGAUAAUCUGGACAACCUUUACAUCCAACCAAACGUCCAUAAAUCCCUGCUUUUGGAGCCCAAGAUUGUUUCUUGCGGUAAUGAAUUGCAAAAGCUGCUUAUGCAGAGUGACAACUCUUCGCUGAGUAAUGAACCGAUGACGCCGACCUAUUAUGGGUGUUCCAAUUACUGCUUAAGCCCUUGUACGAAUUACGUGAGCAAUGCAAUAGGGGCUAAGUGUGGCCAUUGUCGACGGGAAAUGACGCGUAAGUUGUCUUUCGUUGAGGAACAAGGCUCGACAAUGGCGAACGGUGGUGGUAGUGCUGUUACAGGAGGAGGAGGAGGAGGAAUAGGAGGGGGUGGUGGAGGGUAUGUGAAGGAGGUGGUAACUUACAUGAUUACUGAUGAUUUGCAGGUGAAGCCAAUGUCUACCAUCUCUAGUAUUGCCCUUCUUAAUAGCUAUGAUGUUAAAGAUAUCGGAGCCUUGGAGGAUGGGGUCGUUCUUUUGGGCAUGGAGGAGGGUUUGGAUUUGCUAAGGGCAUCAUUGCAUUCAAAGUCGGUUCUUACGGAUGUCUUCCUUAAAAAAGGGAAUAAGUUUGAACCAUGAUCUGCUUAAUUCUUCUUCUUCUUCACCAAAGACUAUCCCAACAUGGUGACUUGUGUCUUCAGGAUGGCUUCAUCAUCAUCGUCAGUGACUCAGUAUCGUCAUCUUCUUCUUUGUUUGUGGUGGUUAACCUUUUAGUUUCUGAGUUGUGAAUGUAAUUGAUGUUGUGUUACUUUCAUGAGUUGUGGCUGUAAUUAAUGUUGUGUUGCUUUCAUGGCAAUCAUGGAGACUAGAGAUUUUAAGAGGCCCGAUUCUAUGCUUA